GCUCUGCUAAACUAACACAUCAGGCUUAUCCUGGGCAAAGGGUUCAGUAAGCAUGAGGUUCCUUGUCUUUGCCUUGAUCAUAGCUCUCAUGGUCUCCAUGAUUACUGCUGAUAAAUCUAGAGAGAGACACUUUAAGCAUGGUGAAAAAAGACAUAGACGUUAUCGCCGAUAUGUGCCAGCUGAAAACUCUGCGGACAUCAAUACCGAUCUUUCACAAAAUGAAGUUUUGUUACCAUAUUAUUAUCCUUCUGAUUACUAACCACAGGAAAUGUUUAAAGAUGUAAGAUGGAUGGGAUAUAUG